GUCUAAGAUACCACAUGCUGUGACAUUUCUUCCAUUGGUUCGAAGUAGCUUUCUUUUUUAAAACAUUUUGCAUCAUUUACAGUCACGACCAUAAUGUUCGAACGUUCCAUGCGGAGAUGCUCGUCCGUUCUAGAAGCGCCACUUGACAUGAUGUUUCAUAAUUGCAGUGAUACGAGUACAUGCAUGUACAUGAGUCAGUGAGUCACUUCUCCCUAAUCUCCAAGCAGAGGUUGCGGGGGAAUGAUCGUUAGGUUUUUAUAUAUGGCAGUUGUUGUUUUUUUGUCGCCAAUCCCACCACCCGUCGGGAGCCGGCGACCUUCUCUGGCUAAUGGCUACUGCCUGGCCAAUUUGAUACUGUCUUUUUGCCACCGAAAGGGAUCUGCUUGGAGAUUAACUUCUCUCGACAUUAGCAUUGUGUAUUGCCGUAGCAGUAGCAGUAGCAUUGUGUGCACGGACGGAAACAUGAUACUACAGCAUUCAUUACACAAUAUCUGUUUACGCACGGUUACACUUGACAGGGUGUAGGCUGUUAAUACAUAUGAAGCACGUUUAAACUGUAAGUGUAAUUUCCAACACAACAAAUUGGACUACGUAAACUAUUUGUGAAGGAAUGAACAGUCCACCGCUUCUGUUGUUAUGCAGAUGACACACGUGACUCGGUGAGCAGUGGAUCAUGUGUUACAGAAAGCAUGCUUUGUACUGCAUGUACAUGUAACGUUAGAGGUGUGACCUACAUGACCCUACAGAUGCCGCCAUGAUGCAUAUUCUCGGACCAAUCAUUCUAGCGACUGUAACGUCGCUGAUCCUCUCAUACUGUCAGUUUGCCGUUGGAGAGAAGGUUCUCUUGGUUUCCCUGCCGUUUGCAGACAGCCACUGGUUCGCCCAUGCCAACCUGGGGCGUGCUCUUGUGAACAGGGGGCAUGUUGUUACCGGUCUAAUGUCGCAGGAUAGUUUGGCGAGGCGAAAGACUCCCGAGUUUCUGUUCGAGACCUUCGACGACCGGGGGACCAGUGCACGGAUGAAGGCGAUCGAAGUCCAGCAUGUCUCAAAUGCUGAAGAAAUGUCUCUUGUGAAGAUAGUACAAGUCCCGAGCAUGCUGACCGAUGAACUGAUGAAACACUGUGAGUUGUUGUUGGGUGACAGGGAGAUGUUAGAGCGACUGAGAGACUCGCGCUACGGUGUGGUGAUCACCGAUACGUUCUUACCCUGUGGCGCCAUACUCGCGGCCUACCUGCGGGUCCCUAACGUUGUCCACCAGCGAUUAGAGCCGUUUGCGAUGGAUCUCGCGGCCACAGGCGUCCCCCGACCCCCGGCCUAUGUACCAGAGGUGCCGUUACCGUUCUCCGAUCAAAUGACAUUUCUACAAAGGGCACAGAACGCGAUCGUCCCCACCCUAUUGACUGGGGUAUUACGAGGGAUCCUACGCAGCAAGUUCGAUGUUCUGGCUCGACAGUAUCUCGGAGAAGACGAGACCCUACUGACCGCCAUGUCGCAGGCUGACUUGUGGCUGUAUCAGACCGACACCGUGCUAGAUUUCCCGGCUCCCUCCAUGCCCAACAUGAUCCAGGUCGGCGGGUUGAAUGUCCUUGAGGUCGCUCCCCUUGCCAGGGACUUGGAAACAUUUGUCCAGGGCUCUGGAGACCAUGGCGUUAUUGUUGUCAGCUUUGGAUCGGUGGUCAAGGCGAUGUCGACGGAAAAGGCAGAAAUCUUCGCCGAAGUCUUCGGCCGCCUCCGACAGAAGGUGGUGUGGCGGUACACGGGAGAGAAGCCGGCCGGGCUGGGCAACAACACCAAGCUGAUGAGCUGGCUGCCGCAGAACGACUUACUGGGCCACCCUAAGACUCGAGCGUUCGUCACUCACGCCGGAUCGAACGGUGUGUAUGAGGCCCUGCACCACGGCGUGCCCAUGGUCUGCCUGCCGCUGUUCGGGGACCAGCCCGCCAACGCCGCCCGGGUGGUGGCCAGGGGACUGGGGGUGAAGCUGGACUUCAGCACGGUCACGGCGGACGAGCUGUACCGGGCCAUUCUACAUGUUCUUACCAACAACAGCUACCGUGAGACGGCAGCCCGCCUGUCCCGUCUGCACCGUGACCAGCCCCAGUCACCCAUGGAGCGGGCCGUCUGGUGGAUAGAACACGUCAUCAAACAUGGCGGACUGCCCCAUCUCCGCGCACGCGCCGUGGAGCUGCCGUGGUACCAGUACUACCUGCUGGACGUGGCUGCCUUCCUGUUGGCCGUCUGUUCAGCUGUUCUUGUGCUCAUCUGGUGCAGCUGUUCUCUCGUCUGUAGAAAGAUUUGCCGUAAAAGUGGCGACAAGCUGAAGUCUCAGUAGAGAAUUCCAAAGAUUGUAACGUUAGAGGUGGCUCACUAGCAGUAUCUGCUGUAUGUAACAUCAUAAGCUACGUUUGUAUACAUAGAAUUAAUUGAUGAACUUUAUUACAAAGCAUUUGUAUAUGAUGCAAU